GUGCCAUUUUGUCACAAUUCUAGUUGAAUUUAGUUGAAAAAAGUAUUAGAAACAUAAAAAUCCUAAUCUAUAAGUUGGGUGGUUCAAAACAAACUGAAAUCCAGUCAAAUAUUGACCAAAAUAAACCAAACAGAAACCAAAUUGCCACAAUGCCACACGUCAAUCACAAGGACGAGUUGGCACAGGAGCACAAGUAUCGGGGAGCGUUGAUGCCGUUUUUGCUUCUUUCGUUGCUGAUGUUCGGUUUUCUUGCCUUCUACAUCUAUUGGCACUUCUAUGGACAACGAUGAUCUUAAAAAAGUUUGCAUUAUUGUUGUUAUUGAUUUAUAUGAAUAAAAAGAAAAUAAGUUCAACAGCAAUAUAAACAAACCACUAAACGAAGUUAAAAAAAAGUCCAGUAAAUUUUUAAUUGAUAAACCCAAACGGUUAGAACCCGUUUGACAGUUCGACGUGGAGGACGCGUUUUGCCUCUGUUGUUGCUGCGCGCAAAGUGCUUGUGGAUGGAGGUGGAAGAUUCCUCCGAUGACGAUUUUCUUCCCGUUGUCGGAACGCGGAAGCGGAAGAAGACAAGUGACGACGGAGCCGACGUCGGAAAUGGCAACGAGGAACAGCACCUCAACAACAACAAGUUCAGCACGCUGGUGGAGAACAACAACAAUAACAAUGGUAACCCAGCCGAGAAAGGAAGCGUCCCGCCGGUUCCAGUGGCCAAGAAACCACCUCCUCUGGUGGUAAAGAAUAUGAGUUUCGGCAAGCUGAGGAAUGUAAUGUUGUCGUGCACAACCAAGCCAAGUUACAAGCUGACUCCGUUUGGGAUCAAAUUGCUGCGUAUCUCCGAGGAGCGUUUUAAAGUGGAGUUCUAUACCCACGAGAAACGAAGCGAGCGGCAACUCCGCGUCGUCGUCAGAGGACUUCCACCGGCUUCACCUGAAUUCGUCAAGAAGAAACUCAAGGAAUCGCACAACCUGGAUGCUGUGGAGGUGAAUGCCAUCAAGAGAAAAGGAGAGUUCGCCUCAUCAGCGGAAACCCCGUACGUUGUUACGUUCCCCAAGGGGUACACCAACCACAAGAAGCUGAGUGAAAUCAAGCUCUUGAAAGCAUUUCACAUCCGGUGGGAGGCCUACCGAAACAAGCGGACGAACGUGACUCAGUGCAGGAACUGCUUGCAGCUGGGUCAUUAAACCAGGAACUGUCACCUCAAGGAGGUGCAACAACUGUGGGGUCCCCACAAGCCGGACGAGUGCGAAGUCCAGGAAGCCCAGCCAAAGCGGUGUGCCAACUGCCCCACAAAGCAGCAGCCCCAAGCGUGCAGAUUUCAUCUGGAGGCGCCAGCAGGCAUCGAAACCAAUACCGCCGGAAGGAAGGCGGAGAAGCAGAGUCCAGCAAUUCCGGCGUUCACGCCGGCGGAGUUCUCUCCGCUGCCGGGCGCAGUCCCGGACUGAAUCGAAGGAUCGCCCUCGACCCGCAGGAAGCAGUGGCUCCCGAGACGGUGGAGCUACGGAGAAAGGUGCUCCACAGUUCGACUGAGUUGUGGGGCAUAUUCUCCGAGUACAUCGCCAGGUUCAAAACCUGCAAGACCCGCUUGGACCAAGUAUCCCUUGUCAGUUACAUGAUCUCCAAGUGUGGAGUUUAAGGAGUUUUAUUUUUUAUUAUUAUAUAUUAGUUGUAACCGAUCCUCGGUCCUUACCUGGUCACAGCACCUAAAAGGACCUAAUAAAAAUAAGUCAAGAACAAAAAAAAUAGAUAGUGGUCGACUAAUUUUGCUGCAAAAAUGACAUUAGCAACUGUUGUUUGAUUGUAAUGCUGAGAAAAAAAAUCUUGACGGCACGAGGAUUGAACCAUCAACUUCUUGGAUAUUGAUCAAACACGCUUCCAUGACGCCAAGAAGCGCUUGACAUGAGAGAGAAAAUUUAAAACGUUCAAAUAAAGAAAUAAGCUUCUGUUAGUAUUCUAAACUGAAGACUUUUUAAAAAUUUGAUCAUUUUUACGAGAUUUAAUUUCUUCUAAUUGCAAUAAUCACAAGUAUUCAAUUCGUUUCAA